UAUGCUACACUUCCUGAAAAAGUCAUCGAAUACACAAACAGACGCUGCGAAUUCAAAGCAAUUUAUUAUGCAUAACAAUGUUUACAACUGGUGAAACACGCGUUUUUAAUCUAUGAUCCGUGAAAUAUCACAUGUGACGAAUCUGUCGGAAAUCAAGGUCCUGCUGAACGAUUGAUUGUUUUCUCAAACCAGUGCUGAUCAGAGGAGCGAGGAAAGGACUCUCUCUCUAAGAUGAGUCUCUCAGAGAAACACAGUGUAAGAUCAGGAUCACAUGUGUCCAGCUCUGUGUCUCUGAAGAGUGAUCAGUCAAAAGAUGGAUUACCACCAAAGUUCAGUGGGGAAAAACCAUCAUCUAAUAAAAGGCUUCAGUAUGAGACAUUAGACUCAGACGUUCAGACUCAAAAGAACCACAAGAAUUUCAAAGACAGUCUCCUGGGGAUCUUCCAGGAUCUUGAGAGCAAAAUAAUCACAUUUCUGAAGAAAGAGCUGGAAAAGUUUAAGAAAAUAUUACAAAAUGAGAACACAGAAAACUUUGUGAAGGACUUUAAUGAGAACAGAUGCAGUAUCAAAGCAGCAGCUCUUGAUCUCACACUACAUUACCUGAGAGAGAUGAAGCAAGAUGAAGCUGCUGAUGUUCUAGAAGUUGAUCUGGUCUUAACUGAUCAGCUAAAAUGUGGCCUAAAGGAGAAGUAUCAAUGUGUGUUUGAAGGAAUUGCGAAGCAUGGUGACUCCAUACUUCUGAAUAACAUCUACACAGAUCUCUAUAUCACUCAGGGUGGCAGUGAACAGGUCAAUACUGAACAUGAGGUCAGACAGAUUGAAGUUGCUUCCAGACGUCAUGAAUCUCAAGAGAUUCAGGUUAAGUGCACAAAUUUGUUUGAUGCUCCUGAACAAGACGAGGAGAUCCGAACUGUACUGACAAAAGGAGUCGCUGGCAUCGGAAAAUCAGUCUCUGUGCAAAAGUUUGUUCUGGACUGGGCUGAAGGAAAAGAAAAUCAAGAUAUCUGUUUCAUAUUUCCUCUUCCAUUCAGAGAGAUGAACUUAAAAGAGAAAGAAAAGCUAAGUUUGAUGGACAUUAUAACUCAUUUUUACCCAGAGACAAAAGGACUGAACCUUACAAAAAGGAAUCAAUUCAAAGUCCUGUUCAUCCUUGAUGGAUUGGAUGAAUGUCGCCUUCCUCUGAAGUUUGAUUGUAAUGAGGCGUGGUGUGAUGUAUCGUCACCAGCCUCUCUGGAUGUUCUCCUAACGAACCUCAUGAAGGGAAAUCUGCUUCCUUCUGCUCUCAUCUGGAUCACCACCAGACCAGCAGCUGCCAGUAAGAUUCCUCCUGACUGCAUCGACCGUCUGACAGAGAUACGAGGAUUCAGUGAUGCACAAAAGGAAGAGUACUUCAGAAAAAGAUUGACGGAUCAGAAUCAGGCCAACACAAUCAUUGAUCAUGUUAAAAAAUCAAAGAGUCUCUUUAUCAUGUGCCACAUCCCAGUCUUCUGCUGGAUUUCAGCCACUGUUCUCCAGAACAUUCUGGAGGAGAAAAGAAAUAAUGAUGUGAAAAACAAUCAGGCUGAUGAGAUCUCUAAAACACCACAGGAAUCAAAUACUGAAGACACUCCCAAGACUCUGACACAAAUGUACACACACUUUCUCCGCUUUCAGAUCCAGCAGAGCCGCCGAAAAUAUGAUGGAGAAUACGCAGCAGAUGUUUCCUGGAAAAAAGACACUAUCCUUUCACUGGGGAAUCUGGCAUUUCAUCAGCUCCAAAGAAACAACGUGAUCUUCUAUGACACAGACCUGGAAGCCUGUGGUAUUGACGUCUAUAAGGCAUCAGUGUACUCAGGCAUGUGUACCCAGAUCUUUAAGGAGGAAACAGGGAUCAUUCUUGGUACCAUGUACUGCUUUGUUCACUUGAGCAUUCAAGAGUUUAUUGCAGCCCUUUAUGCACAUCUGUUUCUAGACAUCAACAAGAAAAGUGUGUUUGUUCAUGAGUCUACAGAACAGAAAAACAAAAAUGAAACCAUGAUUGAUUUUCUCAAGGCUGCAGUGGACGAGGCGCUCAAGAGUGAAAAUGGACACCUGGACCUUUUCCUUCGCUUCCUCCUCGGUCUUUCAGUCCAGUCCGAUCGACGACUCUUACAGGGUCUGUUGACACAGCAAGACGGCAAUGACCAGAGCAACAAGGAAAUAGUUCAGUACAUCAAGCAGAAAUUAGAAGGUAAUCUGUCUGCAGAGAGAUCCAUCAAUCUGUUCUACUGUCUGAAUGAACUGAACGACCAAACUCUGGUGAAGGAGAUUCAGACCCACCUUAGCAAAGGAAGUCUCUCAUCUGGUGACCUUUCACCUGCCCAGUGGUCUGCUUUGGUCUUUGUGUUGUUGACAUCAGAAGAAGAGCUGGAGGAGUUUGAGCUUCAGAAAUUCAAGAAAUCAGACGAGUGUCUCAUUAGAUUAUCAGCAGUCAUCAAAACCUCCAGAAGAGCUCUGCUAAAUGAUUGUAACUUAACAGACAAAAGCUGUUCAGCUCUGGCUGCAGUUCUUGGAUUAGAUACCAAUCUGAAAGAGCUGAACAUGAACAAUAAUAAUCUGCAUGAUUCAGGAGUGAAGCUGCUCUGCACUGGACUGAGGAAUUUAAAGUGUAAAUUGAAGAUACUGAGACUCUCUAACUGCAGUGUAACAGAAGAAGGUUAUAAAGCUCUGGCUUCAGCUCUGAGAUCAAACCCUUCACACCUGAUAGAGCUGGAUCUCACAGGAAAUGAUCCUGGACAAUCAGGAGUGAAGGAGCUCAAUGAUUUACUACAGGAUCCAAACUUUCAACUGAAUACACUGAGGUUUUUGAGUGCUGCUGCAGAUGAAGCCUGUCAGUAUGUGGAGAGAGUUGUGGGUAAAAACCCGUUACUCAAGAGAGAGCUGAAUCUGAGUGAUCAUGAACUAGGAGACACACGAGUGAAUCAGAUCGCUGCUCUACUGCAGGAUAAACACUGCCGACUCAACACACUGACUCUGAGUGAAUGCAGUAUUACAGAGGAUCAGUGUGUCAUCCUGACUUCAGCUCUGAAAUCAAACCCGUCACACCUGAGAGAGCUGAACCUGAGUGUGAAUGAACUAGGAGACUCUGGAGUGAAAAACCUCAGUGAUCUACUGAUGAACCCACAAUUCAAGCUGGAGAAACUACAUCUGUAUAGAUGCAGUAUUACAGAGAAACAGUGUGUCAUCCUGACUUCAGCUCUGAAAUCAAACCCGUCACACCUGAGAGAGCUGGACCUGUGGAGGAAUGAACUAGGAGACUCUGGAGUGAAAAACCUCAGUGAUCUACUGAUGAACCCACAAUUCAAGCUGGAGAAACUACAUCUGUGUGGAUGCAGUAUUACAGAGAAACAGUGUGUCAUCCUGAUUUCAGCUCUGAAAUCAAACCCGUCACACCUGAGAGAUCUGGACCUGAGCUGGAAUGAACUAGAAAACACAGGAUUGAAGCACUUAUGUGACGUACUGAAGGAUUCACACUGUAAACUGGAGAGAUUGAGACUCUCUAACUGCAGUGUAACAGAAGAAGGUUAUAAAGCUCUGGCUUCAGCUCUGAGAUCAAACCCUUCACACCUGAUAGAGCUGGAUCUCACAGGAAAUGAUCCUGGACAAUCAGGAGUGAAGGAGCUCAGUGAUUUACUACAGGAUCCAAACUGUCAACUGAAGACACUGAGGUUAAAUGAUUGUAACUUAACAGACAAAAGCUGUUCAGCUCUGGCUGCAGUUCUUGGAUCAGAUACCAAUCUGAAAGAGCUGAACAUGAACAAUAAUAAUCUGCAUGAUUCAGGAGUGAAGUUGCUCUGCACUGGACUGAAGGAUUUGAAGUGUAAAUUGAAGAUACUGAGGAUAAGCCGAUGUGAUAUGACAGAUGAAGGUUGUUCUGCUCUGACUUCAGCUCUGAAAUCAAACCCAUCACACCUGAGAGAGCUGGACCUCACUGGGAAUGAACUAGGAGACUCUGGAGUGAAAAACCUCAGUGAUCUAGUGAUGAACCUACAAUUCAAGCUGGAGAAACUAGAUCUGAGUGAAUGCAGUAUUACAGAGAAACAGUGUGUCAUCCUGACUUCAGCUCUGAAAUCAAACCCGUCACACCUGAGAGAGCUGGACCUGAGCUGGAAUAUAAUAGGAAACACAGGAGUGAAACACUUAUGUGACAUACUGAAGGAUUCACACUGUAAACUGGAGAGAUUGAGGUUAAGCUACUGUGAUAUGACAGAUGAAGGUUGUUCUGCUCUGACUUUAGCUCUGAAAUCAAACCCGUCACACCUGAGAGAGCUGAACCUGAGCUGGAAUAAACUAGGAGACUCUGGAGUGAAAAACCUCUGUGAUCUACUGAUGCACCCACAAUUCAUGCUGGAGAAACUACAUCUGAGUGUUUGCAGUAUUACAGAGAAACAGUGUGUCAUCCUGACUUCAGCUCUGAAAUCAAACCCGUCACACCUGAGAGAGCUGGACCUCAGUGGAAAUAAACUAGAAAACUCAGGAGUGAAGCACUUAUGUGACGUACUGAAGGAUUCACACUGUAAACUGGAGAGAUUGAGACUCUCUAACUGCAGUGUAACAGAAGAAGGUUAUAAAGCUCUGGCUUCAGCUCUGAGAUCAAACCCUUCACACCUGAUAGAGCUGGAUCUCACAGGAAAUGAUCCUGGACAAUCAGGAGUGAAGGAGCUCAGUGAUUUACUACAGGAUCCAAACUGUCAACUGAAGACACUGAGGUUUUUGAGUGCUGCUGCAGAUGAAGCCUGUCAGUAUGUGGAGAGAGUUGUGGGUAAAAACCCGUUCCUCCAGAGAGAGCUGAAUCUGAGUGAAGAUGAACUAGGAGACACACGAGUGAAUCAGAUCGCUGCUCUACUGCAGGAUAAACACUGUCGACUCAACACACUGACUCUGAGUGAAUGCAGUGUUACAGAGGAACAGUGUGUCAUCCUGACUUCAGCUCUGAAAUCAAACCCGUCACACCUGAGAGAGCUGAACCUGAGCGGGAAUAAACUAGGAGACUCUGGAGUGAAAAACCUCAGUGAUCUACUGAUGAACCCACAAUUCAAGCUGGAGAAACUACAUCUGAGUGGAUGCAGUAUUACAGAGAAACAGUGUGUCAUCCUGACUUCAGCUCUGAAAGCAAACCCGUCACACCUGAGAGAGCUGAACCUGAGCGGGAAUGAACUAGGAAACACAGGAGUGAAGCACUUAAGUGAUGUACUGAAGGAUUCACACUGUAAACUGGAGAGAUUGAGGUUAAUCUCCUGUAAUCUGACAGAUGAAGGUUGUUCUGCUCUGACUUCAGCUCUGAAAUCAAACCCGUCACACCUGAGAGAGCUGGACCUGAGCUGGAAUAAACUAGGAGACUGUGGAGUGAAAAACCUCAGUGAUCUACUGAUGAACCCACAAUUCAAACUGGAGAAACUAGAUCUAAAGAGAUGCAGUAUUACAGAGAAACAGUGUGUCAUCCUGACUUCAGCUCUGAAAUCAAACCCGUCACACCUGAGAGAGCUGAACCUGAGCGGGAAUGAACUAGAAAACACAGGAGUGAAGCACUUAUGUGACGUACUGAAGGAUUCACACUGUAAACUGGAGAGAUUGAGUCUACGUCACUGUGGCAUUACAGAUGUUUCUUUUUUAACUCAGUCUUUGACUAACUCAAAAGCACUGCAGUUUUUAAAAGAUCUUGAUCUGAGAUUCAAUAAGAUAGGAGACUCAAAGCAGCGGCUCAGUGACGUGUUACGAGACUCAAACUGUGACCUGAGAGUAGAAUAUCAAUCACCAAACGUCUCUGGUGGAUUGUUUACAUCAUGGUUUAAAUCUGUGAAAUCAUCAUGAGAGGAGCAGAAAUCAUCAGGUGAACAGGAGGAAGAAGCUCAGAUGAGUCUGUCAGCAGAAAUCUUCAGGCUCUUCAGUAUCAGACCUACAAAUAUAAUAAUGUUUGGAUUGAACUCAUCCAUAAUGAUUAAAAUGUUGUAUUGCUGUAUGAAUAUUAUAUUUAACAUUUAUAACUUGAGCAACAACCUGAGCCAAUCAAAUUUUAACUUUUGGCUUGUGACAAAGGAAGGCGAUUGCUAAAUUGUAUAUAUGAACAGCAAAUUAUAUUAGAGAAAAGUCCUGUACAAACUGUUGUCAUCUUUUUGCCAGUGGGUUUUCUUAGAUUUGUCUGAGAUGCUCCUGGCCAUGAUUAAAGCAAGGCAUUGUCUG